GGCUAGACAUCAGUUUGAUUUAAACUUGCAGGCAGUGCAAGACGUGUGCCGCCAUCAUCAAGCCAACCAGAUCACCAGAGCUCAUCGCCAGUAUCAAGGAUUAGUCCGGACACCUGACGUGUGUGUGUGUGACGACGCGUGUGUGUUUAUGAUAUUGUGUGUGUGUGUGCAAGUUUAAGUGCGUUCAAUACACCAAGAAAGAAAAAAUCGAAAUACAAAAUGACAUUGAAACAAAAGCAUGUGCGAGCUCAAGCUGUAAGCCUGCUGUUCAUGUUAACAACACUUUGUCUUGCCGGCAAUGGCGAUGCGGCCACCGAGCAGCUAAAUAAUGUGAUGCCUGGCGGCAAUCAAAAUGCCGGCGCAAGGACCUUGCUGCGUGUCUACGACGAAUGCAAUCGGGCCGAGAGUGGUUUUACGCCAUGUCUGAAAAAGAAGGCCAUCUCGUUUAUAGACCGCAUUGCGCCCAUCGAUGCGAUUAACGUGGCUGAUGGCAUUAAGCUGAUGCGCCUAGAGUCUGCGCCACGCCCACCUGCCUAUAGCGAGAACGAACUGGAAUCGACGCUGGCACGCUCCUCGGGUACCGAUCGCGAUACAAAACUAACAAACAUGCUAAUUGAGCGCUUAAGCUAUUUCUUCAACGGCCACUCGCUGCAGGUUAGCUUCCCGAAAUUGACUUCCGACGAGAUUGGACGCGGCCUCGAGGAAGGUCGCGGCAAGAUGAAGAAAAUGGGCAUGAUGAUGGCCAUGAUGAUGGCAACAAAACUUAUGGGCAUGUUGCCCAUUGCCAUGGGAGCACUCUACAUAUUGGCGGGCAAGGCGUUAAUUAUCUCCAAGAUUGCACUGCUCUUGGCCGGCAUAAUUGGACUGAAGAAACUCAUGGCCGGCAAGUCAUCGGGCGGCAGUUCCGGUUGGUCAUCUGGCGGCGGAGGUGGAGGCGGCGGUUGGUCCUCGGGCGGUGGUGGCGGAGGCGGCGGCGGCGGUGGCUGGGACAGACGUUCGUUGACCGAAGCACAGGAGAUGGCCUAUCGUGCGCACAGCAGGCAGCAAGCAGCGCAGCAGCAGCAACAACAGCAGCAGCAGCAACAGUAUCAGCAGCCAUUGGCGGCGGGACUGCAGCAGACGCAGACAAAGUCAUAAGUCAAAGCGCACCCAUAAGAUACAAAAAUUCAAAGUUCAUAGCCACGUAGUUGCAUUUAUCUUGUAGAUAAAUCACAAAUCACAAGCAGACAUGAGACAAAGAGACACAGAGACAGACACAAGGAGAAAGAUAAGCAAAUUGUAAUUAGAUUUUUCAAGAUAAUUAUCGACGUACUUUUUGCGCUCGCUUUGAGUGACUCUUGAUGCGUUUCCGAACGGUUAAUUCUGACUCUGAGCAACAGUUGCACCUAUGGAUACAUCGCUGGAAAUGUAUCUGUAACGUGCGUUCACACUGUGCGUUAUUAAUGAUUAGGCACAUAUGCAUUAUAUAAUCGAUUACACGAGUAUGUGACGCAAUCUGUUCCAUUCUACCGUCUACCGUUUUACUGUUAACCAACUAUCCAGCUAUCGACUUUAACUCUGACUGAACUCUAUACGCGCUCUUUGCUUUGCUCUCUAUCUGUCUACUAUAAUUUACAACAUUCAUACACACACACACACAGCACACAGUUUCUGUUACUUUUCAAUUAUUCAUCAUUCUUUGUCUAGCAAAGACACCAUCCACGCUCUGCACUCAUUUCCAGCUCGCCUUUUUUCAUUUUUCAUUUCUCUUCGUUUUCUCGCGCACGCACUUCAUGCAUUUUGAUUAAAUUUGUAGUGAGUUAAGUUCGUCGUCUAACUGUAGUUUAGAUUAUAAUAAUUUAUUAACAUUAUUUAUUUGAUAGUUUUAAGCGAGAUUCGCAUGUAAGCAGCAAAGUUUUCAAGAAACAAAAAAGUUACAAAAAAAUU